GUAUUCCACCGGUUUUGUGGUUGUUGCUGUAUAUCACCGCUUUUCCCUCGGCACUCUACCGGUACUGUACUCGUGCCCACAAAUUCUGCACCCCUCCGUGCUUUCUCUUCCCCCUGGCAUUGGUCCCUGUGGUUUCACUGCCCACAAUUACUCUACCGGAUCUCCUUAUUGCCAUCUUGUUCCCCAUUCACACAAAGUAAGGUCGAUUUGGGUGCAAAACGCACCUGCAAGGGGGAAGGGGAAAGAAAAAGGAAAGGAACGCCUGCAGAUCAGCAACAGCUGUGCACGUUGUCUUGCACACACACACGACACAAACCCAUUACCCACCACUGCACAUAUCAUACCCUAACUUAAUACGUCUUGCCCCAUUAUUGUUACAUAGGAUGCACCACGAGCGUAAGCCGUCCCUCUCUUCCACGUCCGCUUAUAUCACUAAGGGCCUCCUUUCCCACACAACAUCCGUGUCAACUCCAGACGAAAACGCUGCAACAACCACCUCGUCCCUUGGUGGUUACUUUUCUUUGUCCCGUUCAACAUCUACUAGUAUCAGGAAGCGGAGACCUUCCGAGGCUGAAGCUGCUAGUUCACAGAGUAGGUACGGUCCUCCUAGGCCUAUACAACAUCAGAAUCCUGGGGGAAUUGCGUCAUCGACUGCCAAGGGAAUGUUUGGCCGAUCUGGCUCCUCCAGAGCCCCGGAGUUUGUCACGACCGGAUCUGGUGGAUUGGGUGGCGGUAUGGCUAUUGGUGCUGUUGGAGGGGGUGUAGGGAGUGGCCCACAGAGCCCCAAUGCUCUCUAUGAAACUGUUCACGAGGUCGCGACGAAACGGAUUGCAACGUUGGAUUACCUGAGGAGAGCGUGAGUUUUUAAGAUGUAAAAUUCUCGGUCAAUUGCUAAGCUCAUUGUUUGUUAGACACGAAGGGAGGGUCUAUUGGUUCAAUACCGUCUUGUUCACAAAGGCGGAUUUACAGAGAAUGGUGUAUCACGAUGGCAAGAAGUUGGCUCGAAGGUUUUAUUUCAAUUCCGUGACUACGCCUAUUAUUUCCACCGGCUAACGACUUCUUAGAGCAAACAAUUAUUUCAUUCUCGGCAAUUCGCUCCCUUCGAUUCUGGACUUGGGAACGUCUUCCCCUCUGGAUUACCUCAAAGCAUUCAACCAUCUUCUCCAGGAAUACGAGGCUCACAUAGCCCUUCCGCCCUCCCGACAGCCAACAGCCCGUUCCCAUAGCUCAUCAAUAUCCUCUAGCCACCACUCCCAUCACACAACCUCGACUUUCCCAUCUGUUCGCCUACCCAAGCUUUUCUCUCGCUCCUCAACAAAGCCUCGCCGUGGAUCUUCUGCGGCGACGUCUAUUCCAACGAUGUCUACAAUCACUCCACCGUCUACUUCAAACUCGGAUGCUGCUGCAGAACGUUCCCGUUCCGCCUCCGGAUCAUCCACUGCCCUUCCAGCGGCGCCCGCAGUACCCAGCGUUCCUAGCAUGCCAAGUCUGCCCAAUAGCGGCAGUAACCUUUCAAACAUGAGCUUGGGUGCCAUGCCCGCCUCAGGCUCAUCAAACAAUCUUUCCACUACACCUUCAGCUUCCAUGGAGCUUGAUACACUUUCCCCGCUCAUGCCAAGUACAACAAAUACUCCUCCUCCUCCUCCUCCUCCUCCUCCACUCAUGCCUCCACCCAUUCCUAGUUUGGCACCCGAGUCGGAAUACCUCUACCUCUCUACUCCUCCUCUCCCUUUCGAACCCGAUUACUACGAGACCUUUGCCACUCUCUGCGAUGUUCUGAUUGAUGCGUACUCUCGUGUAUUGAGCCUCGUCAGUACUCCUGCCGCCUGCGCCCACGGUGUCGGCGAGGCGUUCCUUAAGGCGGAUGGGAAAGUACGCCGUGUUGUCGUCACGGGUGUCACUCAAGAAUUUGAAGACGCUUGUCGUAAGGCGGUAAAGCAGGAGAUUAGAGUUUUGGGCAAAGAAAUACUCUCCGGGAUUAUGUGAUGGUGGUUAAUUUUUGCAUUUUCUAUAAUCUCAUUGUUUUCUCUUAUCAUGUAUAUCUUGGGCUUUUGGAUAUUUAUUUUUUUUCCUCCCCACUUUUUAAUGGGUUGUUUUGAAGCGUUAAAUCGGGGUUUUAUUUCUCUUCAUGGGUGGUUGGCUGGCAUGGGGUUAUGGGAUUGUUUUACAUUUGCGAUCAUGCUGAUGGGAUAUGUGUUACGAAUUAUCGACGGAUUAGGUGGUCAUAAAGUGUUACUCGUAGAAGGUGUUGUUCGCGGAUUGUAUUCUGUCCGCGUGUUUUGCUUAGAUACUUGUUUGCUUUAUACGGGGAGAAUUGUCUGUAUGUAAAGGGGGACGGAGUGGAGUGCGGUUGCUUCGACAUAUCACGGUGCCACAACCGCUCCGUUGCAUUCAUAUCAUCCAUCCGUGGGAGCUGACUCGAGGCCGGAAUGUGCGGUACGUGUGGGAGGGUGGUGGAGAUCUUGCGCAAUUCAUGCUAAGCAGUUUUUUGAGUACGUGAGGACAUCGCA